AUGCACUCUAGUGUUGGUGUUCAUACAUCGCGAGCGUCGUUGACCCCCGCAGUGCUCACACUCCAACACCCCACAAUCUUCAGCAUCGCCGGCAACGACAUCGCGACGGCAGAGAUAACCGGCGGCAUUACCGUGCUGGCUUCGCGUGAUGCUUUCAACGAGACUCUAUCCUCAUCGGCUCGUCUCUUGCUCAUCGACAGCAACUGCAAGCUCCCCUUUCCGUACAGAUGUACAUCGAUGAAUAGCCAAGCUGCGCCGUGGCUUGCAAGGACAAGACAAGUUCAUCGCAGCGUCAACUCAAACAAGCAGAUGACCGAUAGGCUUGCCACGCAAUCCCACAUGAACAGGGAGAAGAACAUCCCACUAUUCACAGCUGCCAUCCCCUGGCUUGGGACCCUGCUCACGGAGAUCCGCGAGCGCGCAUCUACGAGCACGGGAGCGCCUAUAACAUUGAAGGCAGUAGGCGAUACACAACGGUGA